AAAAGAAAGAUAUAUCUUAAUGGCAUGCAGUUAAAAUUAUAUAUUUUUCUAUCUCUAAAUUUCAAAUUUACGUAUUUUUAAAAACAAAGUUUAGUAAUAGUAAAAUUUCUCAUUCUCUUAUAUGGGUGAUUCUACAAACGAGUGAAUUUUGACUGAACAAAGAAGCAUUUUCGCAUACAUAAACCGACAGCAAACACGACAAAUACUAUUUAAGUAAGGGACAAUGUAUAACAAAAUGAAUAAAUCUCAAUUAUUUUCCAUAAUGUUUGGAAUUUUGCUUAUUACUUUGAUUUCUUCUGAUGCAAGGCCCAGCAAUGGUUCAUUAACAAUUCUCAAUAUUAACUACCAGGAGCAACAUUUAGAAAUCCCAAUAUGCAACUCAACAAAUUGUGACUGUAGAAGUUACGACAGUUGUUCGAAGGCUAGUUCUAACUGUUGUUGGAAAUUUUGCAGUAAUGGGACACAAGUAUCAAUACCAGCACUAGUAGAAGUACCAGCACCAGUACAAGUACCAGCACCAGUACAAGUACCAGCACCAGUAACAAUACCAGCACCAGUACAAAUACCAACAACAGUACAAAUACCAACAACAGUAAAAGUACCAAAAGGAAAACGUAUACCAAUCACUUAUUUCUGACUAAAAAAUUUCCCUGACUUUUGCCUGACGCUGGACAUAUGUGCAAAAAACCCAGAAUGUCCCCUUAAUAGAUUGAUGCGAACGUUUAUUAUUAUUAUUAGUAUUAUUAUUAUUAUAUAUAAGUAGAUGAAAAAUUUUUUGAAAUAUAUAUGUUUACCAAAGGUUUUUUUGUGCUCUUUCGAUUGGUGAAAAAAAAUUUCAAAAUUUCACUUCAUUUUUUUUAAAUCAAAAAUUUUUUUGACUUUUUUUCAAAAUUGGUCUUUUUUUAUUGUUCAAAUUUUUUUAGAAAGUUUAAAACGUAUCCUUUCAACAAAAAAAAAUGGAAAUGUCCUUUUUCUUUGUCUUCAAGAUAUUUAUUAAUUAAUUAAUUAGUGUUAAUUUUAUAAAAAAAUAAAGUUAUUGUAAUUCUGACGCUACUGAAUGAAAGUUGACAUAAUUGCGCGUCCCUAUAUGAUGUAUUUUGGAUUAGUAAAUUGUUAAUAAAUAAUUGGCCAACAUUGCAAUUGUUUAUAAAAAAUCCUCCAAUCCAAAAUAGUUCAUAUAGGGCUUAUUUGAUGCGGAAUUACGUCAGCUUUCAAUAUUUAGCUUCAGAAUUGCAAUAACUUUAUUUAUUUGUAAAAUAUUUUAUUUUUUAUUAACAAUAAUUAAUUAAUUAAUUAAUAUCUCGAAAAUAUCAAAAAAGGACAUCUCAAUAUUUUUUGUAGUGAAAAUACACACAAUAAACUAAUUUUGCAAUUUUUCUUCAUUAAUUAUAAAAAAUAGGAAACAUUAUUAAAUUAAAUAAAAUCAUACCAAAUACCUAUGAAGUUCUUGAGAUAAAAUUUUAGAAUUUCUUUGCACUUUUCUUUUCUCUUCUUUAUAAGUAUAAAAAAAAAAUUUUUAAUAGUGAAAAUUUACUAUUUUUGAAAGUCAAUAACUCUUUUGGAGAAAAAUAAAAAAAUAUGGGGUUUCGAAAAUUAUUUAAAUGUACACUAAAAAUUUCGGUCCAUUUAAAUAAUUUUCAAAACCCCAUAUUUUUUCAUUUUUCUUCAAAAGAAUUAUUGACUUUUAAAAAUAGUAAAAAUAAACAAAGUGGCUAUUUUAUGUUUAAAAAUUUUUUAUACUUAUGAAAAAGAGAGAAGAGAAGUGCAAAGAAAUGUUUGGUAUGAUUUUAUUUAAUUUAAUGUUUCCUAUUUUUUAUAAUUAAUGAAUAAAAAUCGUAAAAUUAAGUUAUUUGUCAAGUGCACUUGAAAAUCAUAUUUUAUUAUUAUAUCACAUCUUUAAAUAAUUAUAUCAAUUGAUAAUGAUAAAUUUAUUCAUUCUUAGUAAAUUCCAAUAAUUUUUUUUUUAUUGUAAAUUCUAUGUUUUUUUUGCAUGUUUUCUAAUGACUAAAAAAUUAACAGUUUUUAGCACCUCAUAUACUUUAAAUUCAACCAAAAAUUAAAUAAUUUAAUAAUUUUUCGCUACCAAACAACCAAAAAUUAUUAUCGAACACUACUAUACGAUUACCAAACGAUUUCAAUAAAAAAAUUGUUUAGAAAAAUAUAACCUCACUUUCUUCAUACAAAUUAUAAUCGAGUCGAGAAUUUAAAUUAUCUUUACAAUUUACAUGCAGUUUUUUUUCAAUAAUUAAGUUAUCAAUAAUAAUAUAUAGUAUAUUUGUAAUAAUAUAAACAAUUGCGUAAUUGAAAUAAAAAAAUUAAUUAAAAAAAAAAGAA